CUCUGAAGCUCGGCUCCUUUGAGUUCAAAUCCUGACUUUGCCACACAGUAGCUGGGUGAUGGGAGCAAGCCGCUUAACCUGAGCCCAUUCCCUCUUCGGGAGAAUGGAGAUAAAAGCACGUGAGAGCCAAAUAAACACAGCAUGCCUGAAACCGUGGGUGCUCAACGCAUCCUUGUUACCUCCGCUUUUACCUUAGCUCUCACCUCACCUCUGGGUGCCCACGGUGCUCCUCCCAGAGCCAGGCCCAGUGGGGUGAGAGCUCCCCAAGAACCACCCUGUAGCCCUCCAGGACACACAGCCUCAGCCCCACUUCUAUGACGUCACAGAAACCCUCCGUGAUGCCACAAACCUUCACCCUGUGGCUUCGCAGCACCUGGAGGAUGGGAUGGGGAGUGAGCCCACAUUAACUCAGCCCGCUCCAUUGUUCCAUCGAUUUUGGCCUCCCCCUCCCCACUCCCAGGCACCCAGAGUUGGUGAUCCACCCAGGACUACAUCACACUGUUCAUUUCCUAGGAACCAGCCGAUGCCCACACUGCGGCUGUUUGAGUCACAGAGGCUUUUCUGAUGCCCCCUCAGGGCACUGGGGCCCUCGGCUGGGGGUCCGGAAACCAAGAUCCAAAAUGGAGUUCCUCACUAACAACGCUACCCUCUCCCGUCUCCCUCUCCCGUCUCCCCUCCCUACCCAGGCCUGGAGAGACCCUUCCCUCCUCUGGGCUUUUUCUCCAGUCAGCUGGGUGUAACCCGGGAGGGAGGUGGCACCCGGGAGGAGCCAGGGGGAUUAUAAAUCCUGAGGAGAACAGGCUCACCUCCAGAGCGGGAUCCCUGAGGCUGCUGCCAGCUGCUGGGGCUGCGGACACUGGGGACACUGGGGACCCUCACCAUGAGCCGCCUGUUGCUGAUCACCUUGUCAGCCCUGCUCUGCUGCUGCGUCUCAGCUGACAUUCGAUGCCACUCCUGCUACAAGGUCCCUGUGCUGGGCUGUGUGGACCGCCAGUCCUGCCGCCUGGAGCCAGGCCACAAAUGCCUGACCACAAAUGUGUACCUCGGGAAGAUGUGGGUGUUCUCUAACCUGCGCUGUGGCACACCGGAGGAACCUUGCCGGGAGGCCUUCAACCAGACCAACCACAAGCUAGGCCUGAACUACAACACCACCUGCUGUGAGAAGGACAACUGCAACAGCCCGGCGCCGAGGCCAAUGCCUGCCCUGGCUCUCAUCUCCCUCACCUCCUUGGCUGGCCUUGGCCUCUGGCUGUUGCACUGAGACUCACCCCACGCUGCCCUCCUCCCAUCCACGCAGCCUGACCUUUCCUCCUAUGUCCUCAGAGCUGCGGCUUUCCAGAGCGUUCUCCCCUUUUCUGAAGAUCAUUUCCCAAGUUCUGUCCCAUUUACUUCAUGGGACUGUGCAUGGAGUGGUCCUCCUAGCCACCCUCCAUUCCCUCAGCCGGCCCCUCCAGUUCCCCCCAAGUCCUUCCCCAUUUCCUUCUAAACCACUCUACCUCCUCCACUGGCCACCGACAGGGCUCCCUACUUGGAUGCACGCCGCUGUGCCUCUGGGAUCUCCAUCUGGAACUGUCUUGACCCCAAAAGGACCGGCUGACCUCACUGCGUGGGGUUCAUUCACCAAGCCCUCUGCUCCUCUCUUUCCAUCUUGGAAAAUAAAUGUC